AUGGCGCGGUACGGCACGCGCCGGCAGCUUCCGUCCCCGAUGGCGGAUCGCCUCACGAUCGGCACGCCUUAUCCUGCCUUAUCAUUCGCUGAGAUGGGCCGUGUUUCGCCAGCACAUUUAUUCCAGGCCGCCGAGAGCAGGCGGCCCUUCUUUCAAUUCGAUGUGAUGUAG